CGUAUUUUUAAACUACUUCAUGCUGCCUCCUGUUCAUUUUUAGUGUAAUCACCCGGUUGACCACUAGGUGGCACACUAGUUUGAUGAGGUAUAAAUUGGGAAGAAGAACAAGAAAUAGGAAGUACUUGCUAUUUUUACCCAAGAUUGUGGAAUGCCACCUCCUUUUUAAAUCCUGCUUUUUAUACUUACGGAAAGCAACUGCUGAAGGUUCAUUUCAUAAGGUGGAGAAAGCUGCACGAAGACAGUACGAGGACAAGAGCAUAACGCAGAGAUGUCUGACUCUCAGAGCGUGCAAGAACUGGAAGAAGCAGGUGUGGUGGCACGAUGAUAGAAGGCUACUCCCCUGUGGCACAGGCGCUACUGGGGACUUUGUUUACCUGGGGCCUAACUGCUGCUGGGGCCGCGAUGGUAUUUGUUUUCUCCGGUCGACAGAGGCACAUUUUGGAUGGAAGUUUAGGAUUUGCUGCGGGGGUGAUGUUGGCCGCUUCCUAUUGGUCAUUGUUGGCUCCAGCAAUCGACAUGGCCGAAGAUUCUGGGAAGUACGGCUCAUUUGCUUUUCUGCCCGUGGCCAUCGGCUUCAUACUCGGGGCUGCUUUUGUUUACUUCGCUGACCUGGCCUUGCCCUUCUUGGGUGUGUCUGCCGACCCCAACAUCGCCUUGGCCCUUGCUUCGGAAUCCAAGAUCGUCAAAGAGAAAGAGGAGGAGCAGCUUUAUCCAUUUUCUGAAUCUCAAGCCGUCAAGUUAGGUAGAGCAAGACCUCCGACAGAGGAGGGCCUUCAACUUCCGAGGAAGAGAGUCUCUCAUUGGGGUAGCUCGGAUGACCAAGAAACAGGAAGCGAACAUCCGGAACUGACUGGCCAUUCAGGAAGCAGCUGGAGACGCAUCCUUCUCCUCAUUCUCGCCAUCACUAUUCACAACAUUCCAGAGGGCUUAGCUGUGGGAGUUGGAUUCGGGGCCAUUGGGAAGACUUCAUCUGCUACGCUUGAGAGUGCCAGGAAUUUGGCUGUUGGUAUCGGCAUCCAGAAUUUCCCAGAAGGCCUUGCAGUAAGCUUGCCUCUUCGAGGCUCGGGCGUCUCAACGUGGACAGCUUUUUGGUAUGGUCAGCUCAGCGGCAUGGUGGAACCCAUCGCUGGGAUGCUGGGCGCCGUCGCCGUGGUGUUGGCUGAACCUCUGCUGCCAUACGCCUUGGCGUUCGCCGCCGGGGCGAUGGUUUACGUGGUGGUGGAUGACAUCAUACCUGAGGCUCAAGUCAGUGGGAACGGGAAGCUGGCCUCCUGGACCUCAAUCUUGGGCUUUAUUGUAAUGAUGUCACUAGACGUGGGGCUAGGCUGAAUCACCAUGGCGACCGGCACCACGCCAACAAACAGCCCCCCCCCCCCCCCCCCCCCACAUAGCCAUCAUUACCACAACAUACCUGACCUCAGUGUCAAAGAAGGGGACCAAGUCACAUUUUUUGUCAGGAUGUAAAUACUGUAAUUAGUUGGCCAUUUUCCCUCAGUGUAACCCGUUGCCAUGGCAUCCAAAAAAUGUGCCAUCACCCUAAAUGUCACAUUUACUGUACAGCAUAUGAAGGAUAGCUUCUGUUAUCUUAAGCAAGCAAAUUAACGUCCCUGUGAUUACGUUGCACAUUGUUGAAUCACAAAUGUUAUGCAAUGAUGACGCACGUACGUGGACAAGAUUGUUGAGUUCCCUCUCAGUUAAUGAAAGAAAUAACUUGAAUCUGACAAAAGAAACAUUUAUUCAUCAGUGAAAAUCAGCGAUUGCCUUUGUGUUGCGGUCCAACAAAAUUGUUCUCAAAACCAAACGGGGGGUGACGAUUUUGACCUGUUCAUCCACGGUGUGUCCUCGAAUUAGCUUCACAGAUGUCUCCAUACUUGUCGUCAGUCGCUUGGCUUUUUGAAAGGGUGAGGGGGAUUCACGGUGCUGUUUGGUGAGAAGCCGUGGUACCACACUAAAUAAACGCGGACCGGAAGAAGUAAAGGAGUUCUCUCAGCAGAUUAGAAAGACAAGCACAUUAAAGCUAAAGGUAUCAUUCGACAUCUCCAGGCAGCUUGAUGUUCCGUUGACGAUAGUUGCAUAUAUUCCGUUAUUUAAGAUUUGUGGCACUGGUGCCAACCUCACAGAUUGUGGCCUCGAUUUGCAGUAUUUACUUUUCAUUUUGAAACAUUAUAAUAACUAUUGUCAGAUUCACUUUGGGUUUUUCUUUCAUUCUCAAGACGUACCAACAAUUUUAUCCGCAUGAGUAUUUACACUGCGAUAACUGCCCCCCCACCCCGCCCACAUCAUUUCUGUACAGUUAGGUCCAGAAGCAUUUGGACAGUAUUUUUUUUUUCAAUGAUUUUUGCCGUUAUAUAACCAGCACAUUGGCUUUUGGACAUUUAUUUAUACAAGUUACUUUCUCAGCAUAUUUCGGGUCAUUAAUCUUCCUGUCAAGUUGCGAUUGGCUCAGUGUGAACAGAGGGUGUAGAUCUAUACUCCUCGCAAUGAAUUGUCAGCAGCCACAUCAUCAAUAAACCCCACAGAGUCUGUUCCGCACGCAACUAUAAAUGUCCACAUCAUGCCACGAUGAUGUGGUAUGCUUUGGAUAUGCAGUCCCAGACACUAUCCAUUACAUUUCACUG